CAGCUUAAACGCAACGACUCGAGCUUUUUCUCGCAUGUAUCGCGUUAUUCGGCUCGUGGUUCAAUCAGUUGGUGUCGGUUACUUGGAUGAUUCGGAAGUUAUGCUCUCGCAAAUAACAAGCUAAUCGCUACCAGUUUCUUCGGUCCGAAGCCGGUUCACACUGUGAUUCAAGUAGUUGUUAUUGGAAAACAAGUUAUAUUGAAAGACAAAUCGGUGACACUACAUGCUAUGUACGAAAAUUACAUAAUUUUUCAAAUUAUAUCGGUGUGUUAAGGUAUACUUUGCGGUGGACGCAAUACUUCGCUGUUCACAUUAUGAGACCUCUAAGUGCAUUUAGUAGAUGAUAAAUCGUUGUCGUACAAGUGUUGCAUUGAUCUUAUAUGAAAAUAUUCAAUAGUUUUUAAACCUAAUCACUGUGGUGAGAUAUUUAAGCUUAAUAGUGUUAAAUGUAUCAAGGUUGUGCAUAUUUUUGCAGCGAAGAAAAUAGUUCCAAAAAAAGCGUUUAGUACGGUCGAUGUAAUAAUACUUCAAGUGAAAGCAACAUGUGAAAGCAGAAACUCACCUCUUUCCUACACUACUACAACAACAAAAUCGCAGUUGUUUACAUUUUGCAGUGAAGUUGAAUUCAUUUAUCGAAGUUGCUAUAUCGAGUUUUCUUUCUCAUUUGACCACGAAGCUGGGUAGACGACCAGAGAAGUAAUUUUUACAGAAAAAUUGCACAGGCGAAAAUAUUCGAGAUAAAACAGUAACGUCUUCCUGGGCUUCCCGCCUUUGACACACGUAGUAGCAUCGCGCCAGGAAUGCAUGUCUGCAUAAAUGUUUGAUAUUACACGUAUUACUAGCACGUUGUUGGAAGUUAUCAGAUCUGCCGCAGGAAAUCUUUACCUAAACAGAACACAUUUUAAAUGAUGAUAGCAGCAAAAGCUUUGCUGGUCUGCUGUGUCACAAUUUUUGCCGAAUUGAGUUUGAUUGAAGGUAAGACAGCACUGGAGAACAAUCUAUACCUGAACGAUUUGUUAGAAGAGCGAAAACAUUACGAGGCUGCACAAAAAUCUAUUGCUGAAUGGAAAAACACAUUGACAAGAAACAGAAAAAAACGGGCUGAUAAAAUAUCUUGUUAUGGAGAGUUGGGCUGUUUUGAAGAAACCGCAUAUCUGGAGAUGCUUCCAUCGCCGCCGGAGGAAAUCAACACAAAGUUUUUCGUGUAUUCUGCUAAACACAGGAGUGAAAAACCGAUAUUGGAAUUUUUCUACGAUGAAAUAGCAAAAAUCAGUAACGGAACAACACCCGCACCAAGUUCCAAAUCAACAAACGCAACCGCACCGAUUAAACAUAGCUAUGCUCCGGAUAAAAUUUACGAAAAGUUUGGUAACAUGGAAAACGUUACAGCUAGAGCAAUCAUUCAUGGUUUUGGAUCUAGUUGCACCCAUGUAUGGGUUUAUGAGAUGAGAACUGCACUCAUGGCCGUGGAAGAUUGUAUUGUUAUAUGCAUGGACUGGGAAAACGGAGCUACAUUACCUAAUUACGUUCGAGCUGCAGCCAACACCCGUCUUGUUGGGAGACAAUUAUCUUACUUAUUGAAGGGACUGCAAACGCACAACAAACUAAAUAUAUCUCGAGUUCAUUUAAUCGGUUUCAGUUUAGGUUCGCAUGUCGCUGGAUUCGCUGGAGCUGAAUUGAAAGGGUUGCAUAGAAUCACUGGUCUUGAUCCAGCAGGGCCACUGUUUGAAUCACAGCAUCCCCAUGCCCGACUGGACGACACGGACGCUGGCUUCGUCGACGUGAUCCAUUCUAAUGGAGAAAAUUUAAUACUCGGCGGAUUAGGUUCCUGGCAACCAAUGGGUACUGUUGACUUUUAUCCCAAUGGGGGAAGAGUUCAGCAUGGAUGCUCAAAUUUAUUUGUUGGGGCUGUAACUGAUAUCAUUUGGGCACCUCCAGCAUCAGUUGAGGGCCGAUCAUUGUGCAACCACCGAAGAGCAUAUAAAUUUUUUAUAGAUUCCGUUGCACCCAAGUGCCUGUUCCCUGCAUUCCCCUGUGAUAACUAUGAACUUUUUUUGAAAGGAGAUUGCUUUUCUUGUAAUCGUGUACAAAAUGGAAGUGAAACAUCCGUCUGCGGCAAUAUGGGUUACUACGCUGAUCGUUCUAUUGGCCGUGGACAGUUAUAUCUCAAAACUCGGGAGGAGGAACCAUUUUGUGCACAUCAAUACAGGUUUCAGAUACAGAGCUCUUCUAAUGAAUUACCUCUUCGAACUCUGGGGAGACUGGAAGUUGAGCUCGAAAGUGAUAGUGGACUUACUGAAGUAUUUACUGUAACAGAAAAGGACGAUGCAGAAAUGUUUGCUGGUGAAAUGAUCUCACAAAUUCUUGUACCACACCCAGCCUUAGGUUUUCCGAAAAAUAUAACUCUAACUUAUAUGGCUUACAAAGGAUGGUUGACGAGAGGUUUAUCAUCGUGGAACAUCAACAAAAUCAUUUUAAGUGAUGGUUUCGGAAAAAGCUUUUCAAUUUGUAAGAAAAUGCAUUUGGAAUCCAACACUCCUUUAUAUUUGACAUUGUUACCGGGAGAAUGCGAAACUGAUGAUGACUACUUUCACAGCUCAGGAGAUGAUGACGAACGGAACCCAGAAGACAGUUCAGAAAAUGAUGACAAUGGAGAUGAUUUGAAAGAACAAAGCAACGAGCGAAAUGAUGUUGAUCCACCAUCGCAUACGCAUAACAAUUAUCGUAGUAAAGGAACCAUCGAUCAUGAGAAAAAUACCGACUAUCAACCGUGGCAGCCAAUUGUAAUAGAUUUACCAAGAAACUAUCGCAACACUGUAACAAAUUCAUCCUAUCCAAUCUACGUCACUCCAACAAUGACUGUAACGACCACAUCACCACCUGUCACGACAGAUAAAAAUGUGAUCAGUGAACCUGUUCUGAAGAGAGUGCAGCACAAACCGAGAAAACUUCACAAUAAAACCAAUGAUCGCACCAACGAUAAACGUUCAAUUGACACUCCCUCAAAAAAAGGAAGCACUACAGUUUCACCUCCCGAAAACAAAAUGAUCACUGUGCAACUAUUUCCAUACCGAUUUGCUAACGUUUUCGAAAAGGCAGAAAGAUAUGCGAGACUAACUUUACUACCGUUAUUAACAGAACAAUUUCCACAGCUUUUCAAAUCGAAGACCGGUGAUGGAGAGAUAAUCGAUCUAGACAACAUUGAAUUUAAUCAGACAGAACCAGUACCGACUAUUUACAAAACCAAUAAAACUGAUCGAUCGAUAUCGACCAACCGGCGAUUAGAUUACGAAUCAUCAACAGCUAUUAGCUCGCUCGACGAGCAAAGAAGUAUGAAGGAAGAUGAUACCAGUAAUAUUUUUCCUUCGAGUACACGAAAAGCAUUUAUCAGCGAGGAUGUACUGUUUCGAAUGCACCAGUUAGAGGAAACCAGCGGGACUGCAGAUUCCACAGAAACUAUCAGAGAUGCCCAGAACAAUCCUAUAAAAAUCGACUUGCCAACGUUUCGACCCCCAAAAAUGAUGCCGUUAGAUGUGCUGCGGUCUCAAACGCGAUUUAUCCCGCUCAACUAUAAUGAAGGAGAAGAUAGGGAUGAAACAACAAGUAAAAGCAAAAUGCUAGGUGAUACAAAACCAAAUGAUAGCAGAAGCUGAAGGAGAGAGAAAGAUAUGACAGUAUUUCAUAAUAUGUAGCUAGAGAUAAGAGUUAAACUAUGAUUUAGUUAUUUUUUUUUCAAUUAUAUGCAGAAUGGUUUUUCAAA